AUGAAAAUUUUCCAUACUGUCGAAGAAGUUGUUCAAUGGAGAACACAAGAUCUCAGGGACACGAGGUGCAGAGAAACUAUUGGGUUCGUCCCUACAAUGGGUUGUCUGCACUCCGGUCAUGCUAGCCUAAUCUCGCAGUCUGUGAAGGAAAACACGUAUACUGUGGUCAGUAUAUUUGUCAAUCCCUCCCAGUUUGCACCUACGGAAGAUUUAGAUAACUACCCUCGGACUUUGCCAGACGAUAUCAAAUUGCUUGAGUCACUGAAAGUGGACGUCUUGUUUGCUCCUAAUGCACGAGUUAUGUACCCACAAGGGAUUCCGCUCGAUGUAGAGAAGCAGAAAGGACCCUUUGUCAGUGUUCUUGGGUUGAGUGAAAAAUUGGAGGGUAAGACGAGACCCAAUUUUUUUAGAGGUGUAGCAACAGUUGUGACAAAACUGUUUAACAUUGUCAUGGCCGAUGUGGCCUAUUUCGGUCAGAAGGAUAUUCAGCAAUUCAUCGUUUUACAGUGUAUGGUGAAUGAGCUGUUUGUUAAUACAAGGCUCCAAAUGGUGCCUAUUGUAAGAAACGGAAAUGGGCUGGCCUUGAGCAGUAGAAACAAGUAUCUUUGCCCAGAGUCUUUGAAGAUCUCUGAAAACCUUUACUGUGGACUGAAAGCCGCUGAAAAUGCUAUCAGGAAUCUCGCACCAGGAAGAUGUCUCUCACGACUAGAAAUCAUCGAUAUUGUAACUGAAAAAUGGGCACCAUACAUUGAUUCCCACGAUUUUAAGGUGGACUACAUAUCUUUAGCAGACUUUAGGACUCUUGAUGAGCUCUCUGUUGUUGAAAGCACCAGGGAUCAGCAGUCACUAGUCAUUAGUUGUGCAGUAUAUGUGACUGAUCGUGAAAAGUCUGGUACCAUUGUUAGGUUGAUUGAUAACAUCGUCAUUUAA